AUGAAGUUUGCGCAUGACUACACGCAGAUCCUCAACGCUGAGGAUUACCCUUCCCAGUGGGUUCAGUCUGCAAUCUCCUACAAGCGCCUCAAGAAAUGUAUCAAAAAGGUGCGUAAGGAGCUGCUGUCCCUGGGCCUACGCCCGGAGAUUCUGAACCUCCUCUGGCACCAGAGUCAAGCGGCAAACGCGGCAGGGUAUGAUGGUGCUGGUGGUGAUAGCCGGCCUUUCGGCUUCCAAUACUCUCUGAGCAAAAGCCCUUUAACGUCGUUCUGGCUGCCGAAAUUGACCUUCGUCGUCGACCCCAUGGAUGGCUCCCCAAUUGAUGCCUUCGUCUCUCCUGAAACCCUUGAGUUCCUUCAACAACUGAACAAAAUUCCGCUUCCGAUACCUGCUGCUACUUUGGCUAGACUGGACUCUGAGUUGGGAUCGUUUACCCAUCAUGGUUUCCUGGAAGUGGUUGCUGAUGGGGAAUUGAGCCUUGACAAACAGGGGGAACCGGUCAAGAAGCUAGAUUAUGACGCCGAAACAGUGCACUCCGUCGAGAUACCGCUCUCCGCUGACUCGGAAUUUUUCCAUAUUCUAAACAAAGAGUUAUCCGGCUUGGACGAGCUCCAAGAACGAGAACAAAUUGGACUAAGUGAACGGGCUAAGGACUUGCGUCAACAAAUCGUUAAGAUCACGAAGCCCCAAUUCAGAAGAUCUCAAUCCGCCCUAUAUGUGUGGCGGGAAAUAUUCCGACUGUAUAUAGACAUGCAGGUUUUUUUCUGCACCGACGAGCAGGGUUCUGGCCAGAGAGACGCCGAAACUGCCAGCCGGAAACUGGAGAAAUUCCAAACAACGUUAAAACAAGGCCGGCAGAUCAAAAAGCUUGGAAAGGAGGGCCGUUCCGCGCUUGAGGCCUUUCUGUGCAUUAACAAUGUUUUGUUGCAAAAUCUAAAGUUCCAGGAGAUCAAUCGCACUGCCCUCACCAAGAUCUUGAAAAAGUUUGACAAACGCACCGCUCUCCCAGCUGGGACUAUUUUCCCAGAACUCAUGGUUGUUGAGACGUUUUUAGCUGAAACUAUGGCCAAGGCUGUCUGUUACACGAUUUCCGAAGUUGUCCUUACUGUCAUACCCCAGCUGGACGACUACCUAUGUCCUAUCUGUUUUAAUAUUUCGUUCAAACCUGUGCGACUGCGUUGUAACCAUGUUUUCUGCAUCCGUUGCUUGGUUGUUAUGCAGAGAGCUAAACAGAACAACUGUGCGCUCUGUCGAGAGGGUGUCGUAAUGGAGGCUACAGGAGCAAACCUAGACAAUGAACUUCUUGCAUUCCUAGCGUCCAAUUUCCCGAAGGAGACGAGGGCCAAACAAAAGGAAAACGAGCGAGCGGCGACGAUCGACCUUUAUGGUAAUUCUUACGAUUCUUGCUCCGUGAUGUAG